AUGGCCGCCGUGUGGGAGGUCGUUGGUGGUGCAGAACGCGGGGGAAUCAUCGUUCGUACCGGCUAUGAUCUGAGCUCGGAUUUGGCUGACAGUCGACUUGUCACCGGAUCUUUAGUGAAGGAGACCGACGCCCGUGAUGGACGAAUUUGCUAUGAGCUUCUUAGGGGCGAAGGGCCUGCCUCGGGGUGGGUCAGCCCUACUCUCCGUGGCAAGGAGCUGCUUAUAAAGACUGGCGGAACCCAAGAAGACAAGGUUCAGUCAAGGCGCCGUGGGUUCUCGCAGUGGGCCUCUCGCCAGAACGAAGAGGUGAGUUCAGACAGCACCAUGCCCGAGUUGGUCCCUGCAGAGAUGGCGUCUGAGAGUUCCGUGUCCACUGCUGCUGAAAGUCCAGUGGCACAGGUUGAGGAGAUCGCCGUCGUGCCGGAGAAAAAGCUGUCCGACGAUGACGAAGUCGCAUUUCGGCGGUACACCGAGAAGUUUGGCGAGUGUCGGGAUGGCUCAAAUCCAGGCUACAGUCGCAAAGCUUUUCCAUGGUUCAACCCAAAGCCAGCACCGGAAGAGAAGAAGUUGUCUACGGAGGCACUGGAGGCAGCACUUGCAUGCAAGCCCAGAGAAAGGAAGCUUGCCAAAGACAAGCUCUGGGAGGUUGACUCGGAGGGCGAGGAGGUGCCUCUGUGCCCGCGCUGCUCGCUGCCGGUGGGCGAGUUCGCUUACCAGGGCCGCGAGGGCAAGCAGGCGUGCGUGCACACGGAGUGCAUGGCCCAGGUCAUGUCACAGGAGGCGCAGCGUGAGGAGGACGCACGGGUCAAACGGGAGAAUGUGAAGAAGGAGAAGAACCGCCGCGAGUAUGACAUCGGCUGGCGCAUGGACAGCGUGCCGAAGAGUGCCCAGUGGGCCGAGCGGAUGGGUUGCAAACCCGCACCGCAGGGGCUCUGCUGCCUCGUGCUGGAUGAAGCCUCCCGCACGGUCAAGGUCGCAGCCACCGCGGAGCCGUCUGCUGCUGUGAACUUGGAGUAUCUGCUUCUGGCGCUCAAGGUCCGCAAGACCGCCUCUCGCGAGCCCCUAUUCUCCUUGGACCCAGUGGACCCGCAGAAUUUGGAAAAAACGCCGCAGAAGAAGGUUUACGAGCCGAGCUGGCUUUCAGGAACCAGCGUGGGUGAUGUCAUGUUCCAAGCCGAUUACUUCCUGAAGGAGCUUGCGCUUGGAGAGUACGACAUGCCGGUGGUUGGCAUGCUGAGCGUCUUUGACUGGUCCGAGAUGAAGGACAAGGACAAGAGCUGGGCAGGACGUGAGUGGUACGUGGUGAAGAAGGCGGAGAUCCGCAUGGCCGAGGACAACACGUUGAUCCCACACGUGAAGAUGGGAGUCGAGGCUCGGGAGCAGGUGGUGACGAAGAAGGGCCUGGAAGAUGCCCCGGUGACCCUGCCGCACCAUCCGCUGAAGAAGUUCGCCGAUGCCUUCACGCGCAACUUCGACCUGAUCGCCGAGCGCAAGAGCGUGGUCUUCCACCUUCGAGAGCUUGCGAAGGCUUCGGCCAUGGCCAAGUACCUCAUCGACUCCAAGGCACGCCUGGACCCGACAUGGUAUGCCCUGGCUGACGAGAUCGUGAAGUCCACCGAGCCGGAGGCUUACCCUCAGAUCCCGCAGCUUUGGAACAUGCGUGGCAACUCGCGCAUCAAGCUCAAGGAGGGCCGGCUUGUGGACAUGGUCACAGGUGGCCAGAGCAAUCUGCAGGCCAUCUAUGGCGGCGUUGAGUUUGGUCUCGACCGCUUCGAGCUCGCCCAGCGCCAUGCGCUCCAGGGGCAAAAGCCGAGCGUGCCGGGUGUGCAGCUGGCGCAGUCGGGCCGACCCAUGUUCAUGCCCCAGCGCUUCCAGCUGGGGCAGCGCCCGGAGAUGCCCCAGGGUGUUGACCUGAACUUGGACAAGUUCUCCUUGUCGACAGAGGAGCGCUUUGCGGGCCGCCUUCCUCCAUGCAGUGGAGGUGUGGGCUCACUGGAGGCAAAGACUGUGCUGGGCAGGGCUUUCCUGCAAGCUUUGCAGCAGAAGUCCUUUGCCGUAAAGCCAGAAGAUCAGAGCCUCCUGCUGAACAUCUUCAAAGUGCCCCAGUGCGAUCGCGUUGAGGAGGGCGAUGCUUUCAUUCCACCGGACCCUAAUCUCGAGUACCUCACCAAGGUCCGCAGCCUCGUGGGGGAGGAGAAGACUCUGCGGGAAAGGCGCAAGCAGCGCUUCAGCGACAAGUCCUUCGCCGUGGCCAAUCCGGGUUUGGACUUCCCGCGCUCCUGGACUCCGCGCUUCCAGGUCGAGUUGGAGGGCCGCGUCUCGCAGACGGCACCCACAAAGUUUGGCCUCAAGAAGCUGGAGGUGGACGAGGCGUUCAAGCGCGGGCUUCUGGAGAACGUCCUGCCAGCUGCCGCCCCCGAGUUUAACCAGGUCACCGAGGACGGCAUCGUCUUCCGCAUCUACAAGAUCGGAAGCCUGGAGGUGGGCAGGGUCAGAACCAUGCAGGAGGCGGAUGAGCCGGAGGCCAUCGCAGUGGUCUUCUCAAGUGGCACCGCCUCCUGGGAGGGCAAAGCCGUGGACUCUGAGGACGUUCUACGUGACAGGCUCGUGAAGUGCAAGGUCUACGUCGAGGCCAUGGAGCAGGAAUCGCAGCUCCACCUCGCCAAGGAUGCACGCACGGGAUGCAACUUCUACAUCGUCCUGGAGACAGAGAAGAAGAACCGUAUCGUAACGGAGGCGCUUGGUGCUGGUGCCCUGUCUUGGGUGCAGAAUCCCCACAACUUGGAGGAUCGAAACUCGCUGGCCAAGCUGCUCUUCACCGUCGACUGCAAGGACGAGGUCUACGCGCGCGACGUGAAGCAGUUCCAGCGCACCCUGAUCCUGCCUCCUAGUGUGCCGGCUGAUCUUUAUCGUGCCCGACUUGUCUCGCGUCGGUGCAGCAGUGGCAAACAUGGGCAAAGUGCCGCUGCCUGCCAAGGUUUGAACAACCUCCGCAAGCAUUAUGCCAAAGCCGUCUACAAGUUUGUGUCAGGGCGCACCUUCCGUGGAAAGUGGGGGGGCAACUUGAGACGGUAUGCACCACCGUGCCCUGGCUCCGUUGAUAGCCCAUACGAGCCGUCUACCUCGAAAAUGCUCCGAAUUCAGCAGCUGCCCACUCGCUUUUAA